AUGGAGCACGACUCACUCUCCUCGGGGGGUGAGUGGCACUUCAACCGCUUUUCAAAACUCACAUCUUCUCGGCCACAUGCAGCUUUUGCUGAAAUCCAGCGGACUUCUCUCCCUGAGAAGUCACCACUCUCAUCUGAGACCCGUGUCCACCCCUGUGAUGAUUUGGCUCCUGUGGCAAGACAGCUUGCUCCCAGGGAGAAGCUUCCUCUGAGUAGCAGGGGACCUGCUGCGGUGGGGGCUGGGCUCCAGAAUAUGGGAAAUACCUGCUACGUGAAUGCUUCCCUGCAGUGCCUGACAUACACACCGCCCCUUGCCAACUACAUGCUGUCCCGGGAGCACUCUCAAACUUGUCAUCGUCACAAGUGCUGCAUGCUCUGUACUAUGCAAGCUCACAUCACACGGGCCCUCCACCGUCCGGGCCAUGUCAUCCAGCCCUCACAGGCAUUGGCUGCUGGCUUCCAUAGAGGCAAGCAGGAAGAUGCCCAUGAAUUUCUCAUGUUCACUGUGGAUGCCAUGAAAAAGGCAUGCCUUCCCGGGCACAAGCAGGUAGAUCCUCACUCUAAGGACACCACCCUCAUCCACCAAAUAUUUGGAGGGUACUGGAGAUCUCAAAUCAAGUGUCUCCACUGCCAGGGCAUUUCAGACACCUUUGACCCUUACCUGGACAUCGCCCUGGAUAUCCAGGCAGCUCAGAGUGUGAAGCAAGCUUUGGAACAGUUGGUGAAGCCCGAAGAACUCAAUGGAGAGAAUGCCUAUCAUUGUGGUCUUUGUCUCCAGAAGGCGCCUGCCUCCAAGACGUUAACUUUACACACUUCUGCCAAGGUCCUCAUCCUCGUAUUGAAGAGAUUCUCCGAUAUCACGGGCAACAAACUUGCCAAGAAUGUGCAAUAUCCUGAGUGCCUUGACAUGCAGCCAUACAUGUCUCAGCAGAACACAGGACCUCUUGUCUAUGUCCUCUACGCUGUGCUGGUCCACGCUGGGUGGAGUUGUCACAACGGACAUUACUUCUCUUAUGUCAAAGCUCAAGAAGGCCAGUGGUAUAAAAUGGAUGAUGCCGAGGUCACUGCUUCUGGCAUCACUUCUGUCCUGAGUCAACAGGCCUAUGUCCUCUUUUAUAUCCAGAAGAGUGAAUUGGAAAGACACAGUGAGGGUGUGUCAAGAGGCAGGGAACCAAGAGCCCUUGGCCCUGCAGACACAGACAGACGAGCAACGCAAGGAGAGCUCAACAGAGACCCCUGCCUCCAGGCACCCGAGUUGGACGAGCACUCGGUGGAAAGAGACACUCAGGAAAGCACCUUAGACCACUGGAAAUUCCUCCAAGAGCAAAACAAAACGAAGCCUGAGUUCAACGUCAGAAAAGUCGAAGGUACCCUGCCUCCCAACGUAGUUGUGAUUCAUCAAUCAAAAUACAAGUGUGGCACCAAAAACCAUCAUCCUGAACAGCAAAGCUCCCUGCUAAACCUCUCUUCGACGAACCCGACAGAUCAGGAAUCCGUCAACACUGGCACACUCGCUUCUCGGCAAGGGAGGACCAGGAGAUCCAAAGGGAAGAACAAACACAGCAGCAGGGCUCUGCUUCUGUGCCAGUGA